UCUCUCCUACCUUCCCUUUUGUGAAUAAUUUAUCAUCUCGUGGACAGUCUGUCCUCCUGACUGCAACCACCUCGCAGUGAAGCACAUCUCGCAUAUGUUUUACUGCAUAAAGCCGUACAUAAUUUAGUGCUUCUGCCUGCAGAUAUCCCGCCUGUCACUUCGAUCAAUCCAUUCAUCCGAUCCUAAGUCAUCCAUUUCACCUCCGUGACGGGAACCACCAACUUGCCAAAUGUCCAGUCCGCCAUUCACGGUCAGAGCGGUCUUCGAGUAUUCUUCGGACCACGAUGACGACCUCAACUUCGCUAUCGGACAGAUCAUAACCGUCACAGCUGAGGAAGAUGCAGAGUGGUACUUUGGUGAGUAUGCGGAUGACUCCGGGCGCAAAGUAGAGGGCAUUUUCCCCAAGAAUUUCGUCGAAAGAUAUGAGCCCCCUGCACCCCCGCGACCGACUCGUCCCAGCAGACCCAGAAAGGAAGCAGAGCCGGUUCCGCCACCCCCGGAGCCCGCUGCUGCAGCUGCAAUCCCUGCUCCAGAGACUUCCUACCAGCCCGAGCCCGAACCAGAGCCCGAGCUUGAAUCUGAGCCCGAGCCCGAGCCCGAGGUUGAAAAGACACCGGCGGCCGUUCCUCAGCCACCUAGCUCUCCCCCUCCAGCUCUGGCAUCGCCGGCAAGUGAGAUUCCUCCGUUUAAGCCGGUAGCAGCUCCCAUUCCCCAACCUUCGACGAGGGAUGCUGGUGAACCCGUCCCUAAACCUGUAACCAAGCCCCCGCCUCCCGCUGUCGCCGAGAAGCCUACCGGGUCAUCCUUCAAGGAUCGUAUUGCGGCAUUCAACAAGCCUGCUGCGCCGCCAGUUGCGCCUUUCAAGCCAGGCGGCCUCUCUCAGAGCUCCAACACGUUUAUCCGGAAACCGUUUGUUGCACCGCCACCUAGCAAGAACGCCUAUGUACCUCCGCCCAGAGAGCCUCCCCCGCAGAAGGUUUAUCGCAGAGAAGAAGAUCCUGAUGUUCAAGAACGAGUCACGAGAGAACUUCCUACGCGAGAGCCUCCUAUGUCUGAGGCUCGUCCUCUGUCAAGUGAUGGUCCGGAAGAAGGCGCGGAGGAUCAGCCCAAGCCAACAAGUCUCAAGGAGCGUAUCGCGCUUCUCCAGAAACAACAGAUGGAACAGGCUCAACGUCAUGCCGAAGCUGCGCAAAAGAAGGAAAAGGCGAAGCGGCCUCCGAAGAAGCGUCUCGAAUCCCACGAAGACACUCUUCCUACACAAGAUCUUUCAGCCGAAGGAGCCGAAGCAAACGAUGCGGCACGAGAACCUGCUCAUGAAGUAGUGGGACCAGCUGUGCCGCAGCAUGCAAUGCCACCCCCACCUGCGCAGGAGCUCGCCAGUGACACCAAUGAUGCGGAUGAUUCUGCUGCUGCCGACACGGAAGAUGCAGAAGAAACUUCCACAAGCAAGGAAGAUUCCGACGAGCGGGCCCGUGCAGAGGCUCGACGUCAAGCACAGGCUCAGGGUGCGCAUGCAAAGGCAGAACGUACAGAUGAACCGCAGUCAGAUGGGGAAAACGAAGAAGCCGAGGAACCAGUCCAGGCAGACGAGGACGAGGACGAAGAGGAGGAAAUUGACCCUGAGGUCAAGCGGAAGAUGGAACUCCGAGAGAGAAUGGCAAAGAUGAGUGGUGGUAUGGGUAUGAUGGGUUUCUUCGGACCCCCUGGUGGGAUGCCUAUCCCUGGUGCGGCUCGCAAACCUAAGGCGCCUGCGCCUGUGGAAGCGGAGAGAGCCAUUGAUGAUGAGAGCUCCCGUCCCGCCGCAGCCCCUCCAGUCCCUAUCAUGGCCUUGCCUGGAAUGAAUGCAGGGAAGCCUCCAGUUUAUCCUAAUGUCCAGAAAGAGGAGGAAGUGCAGGAGGAAGAACAGGAAGAGGCCCUUGCAAGUCCGAUAACUGAACAGCAUGCUGCACACGAGGUUCCUGAUGUAGAGGAAGUUGUCCAUGAAGAACAACCUCAACGUCGUAUGUCUGCCGAUAGACCAUUUACACCGCAAGAGCGCGCGAUUCCUCCCCCUCCCCCACUCAACACGCGUCCGGUACCACCUCCAGCUCCUCACGAACAACCUAUGUCCCCUCCGCCGAUUCCAGGAUCUCAAUCUCUGCCCCCACCCAAGGUCGCUGCACCUGCCGAUCCAGGAGACGAAUCUGACGACGAAUUGUCCUUGCAUCCGAACGCUACGCCGGCCACUCCAGCAGCAGAGCAACCAGCACCUCCACUCCCCGACCAUCUCGACUCUCGCCGAGCAUCGACCUACGAUACAACAUCUCCCUUGUCACCUACACUCCCUGCAGACAAGAGAAUGAGUCGUCCUCCUCCCCCGGUACCAGUCAAUCCCCCAGUCCCAUCUCAGAGUAGACCGAUCCCUCCCCCUCCUCCAGUCAAUAUUCGGCGAAGGUCUACAGCCGACAGUCGGACAAGCAUGACUUCGCAGCCCCGCCAAGCGGGCGAGGGUACCGAAGGCGAAGUAACUGAAUAUGAUGGCGACUACGACACGGACAUCGCAUCUGGUGCUAAGUUCAAGGAUGCUCUGAAGUCACACGGCCGCGACUCUAGCCUCGACGAAGGUGUCAUAACCGACGAACACUCGCUUCGAUCUCCUGGAAGCCCACCCCAGACUCGUCUCCCGCCUCCCCCUCCUCUGUCUGCCCCACGCGCAGUGCCCCCUCCGCCGCCGAUCCAGCCUCCAAAGAGUUCCGGCAGAGACUCUAUACAGUCGCCUAGAGGACCUCCACCUCCUCCACCACAAAGAGAGCCUUCAUAUGGCGGUGACGAUGAUGAGUAUGAUCCUUACCGUUAUACUGCCCCCCAGCAUGGCGUGUCUGUCUCGAGAGCACCGCCACCGCCACCAAUCCCCGGCGGCCCGGUGGAAGCUCCACCUAUGCCUCCUCGGUCUGCUGAAGACGAGCCCGAUGAUCUCCAUGAAGCUUCACCUGUUCAACCUUAUGGCGAGACGUCCAUUUCGUCGCCUCGCGAAAAGCGCGCCUCAAUGGCUCCCCCGCCCCCUAGUCUACCUCCGCCUACACCUCGCAGCAACCGUGCAUCGCUGGACAUCCCAAGAGCCCAGCCCAGUGUCCGGAGAUCUAUGGAUGUUUCCCGUCCAUCUAUCGAUUUAGGCUUUAUUGCCACGGACGUUGACUUGGCAGAGACCACUCUUUGGUGGACGCAACCCAAUACCCCUCCCCCUGUUUUCCAAAAUCGCAAGGAUGUUCUUCUCGAAUUCGAGGAGUCAAAUUCCUCUAAGCGGGGCGGUAAGUCUACUGUGACCAAGGAUGUUUAUAUCUUAUUCAUCGACUACUCCCAAACUGUGAUCACUGUGACCUUUGAUGCUCGCAAUCCCAGUGAUGCGGCCCUCGAACAGCGCCACGAGGCGCCUCCUCAUCAUCCGCGUCAAGAUCAACUCGAAACUGCCCACAACCAGAUUGGCACGCGCAUUGCGAAUGCAGUUAAUGGCAUCCAAAACACUACUGUCGCGGAUGGCACCCCACAUGGCCUGGUGCAGCAUCUGCUCAGUCCUCUGUCUGAUGUCCUGCUUCCUGUUGGCACGCGCGCCUACGGUGCUCUUGUCUACUCUAACCUGGCCAAUGCUUCGGUUCAGCAGAAUGAUGAGAUCCGCGCAGGGGAUGUUGUGACUUUCCGCAACGCACGGUUCCAGGGCCAUCGUGGCACCAUGCAUCAAAAGUACAGCUCCGAGGUUGGCAAGCCCGAUCACGUAGGCAUUGUCGUUGACUGGGACGGCACGAAGAAGAAGAUCCGCGCCUGGGAGCAGGGCAGAGAAAGCAAAAAAGUCAAGAUGGAGAGCUUCAAGCUGAAUGACUUGCGGAGUGGAGAAUGUAAGGUAUGGCGUGUGAUGCCUCGGAGUUAUGUUGGCUGGGAUAAAUAAGGCAACGCGUUGAAGACUAACGGAGAGCUCCGCUGGUAUGUGUACUGCGCACAAGCUUGCCAGGAGGUCUGUGUGAGCAUAGGCGUGGUGUUUUUCUAUGAUCUGCUUCCAUAUAUUACCUACCUUUCUUGUUGUACCUAUCUAUCCAUUGAAUGUCGUUCAGUGUAAUUGCCAAUGCACUGCGAUGACUGUUGUUUUUAGUUUUGCUGUCGGCAUACUCCAUUACAUCAACAACUGC